CAAAUAUUUGUCUUCAGUUUCUAAUAAUUUAUUAUAAAUGUUAACGAAAAUGAGAGUAUUCGUGAUGUUAUAUAAUUAAAAGUGACAAUUUAUUGGCAUACUUUCUUUUAUAAAGAAGUCGAAAAUGUCUAAAACGCGUAUAAAUCCAAUAUUUGGAAGAACCCCGUCUUGUUCAAUAAAACGUAGACUGGAAGAUAGAAGAGCUAAAUGGAAAGCUGUAAAAAUGGAACUGAGCAGAAAAACAGACAAACCCGAAGAUUUUCUAACGUACGAAGAUAGUGAUAGUGACGAGGAGCCGUUCUUUGUACAGAAAGAUAUAUUAAGUACUUCAUACAACUUUGUCGAUUUUAUCAAGAAUAGGGAAAUACAAUCGUCAAAAAUUAGUUCAGUAUCUGGUGACUACGGCAGUAGGCAUAUGCUAACUCACGAAAUGUUUAAAGAGACCCCAAUUAGUUUAGGUAAUAUGAAUAAAGUGUUUUGUUCACAAUGGCUUAGUGACAGGCAAGUAGUAUUUGGAACAAAGUGCAAUAAGUUAAUGGUGUAUGAUGUCGUUACACACAAAAUAGAUCAAAUUCCUUCUCUUAUAAGUAAACGAGAUAUGAUUGGAAACGAAGUACAACAACAAUGUGGUAUUCAUUCGUUACAAAUAAAUCCUUCAAAGACUUUAUUGGCCACAGGCGCCAGAAAUACCUGUGAUAUCGCUAUAUAUAGGCUUCCUACUUUAGAUCCUGUGUGUGUCGGUGAAAAUGCUCAUAAAGAUUGGGUAUUUGAUAUGUGUUGGUUAGAUGACGAAUUUCUAGUAUCAGGCUCUCGUGACACCAAAAUGGCUUUAUGGAGAAUAACGCCCGAUAUACUCGAAACUAGAGAAGAAAUUCCCAGGCAUCGGUACAUCCAAGCAAUAUCUGUUAAGGAUUGUCGAAGUGCACAGAAAGUUAGGGCACUAAAGUUUAAUAAAAAAUAUGAAGAAAUAGCAGCUUUAAGUUUAAAUGGUUACAUACACAUUUGGAGUGCACAAAAUUUCAAACAGACUUUAUCAAGAAAAUUGCCAUCUGCUCAGGAAAAUGUUUGUUUAGCCGUGCAAGAUUCAGGAUUGUACGCUAUCGGUUGUAGAUCUUAUACAUUGCUGCUAGAUUGUAGAACGUUACAGGCUGUCAAGAAAGUGAAUUCGAGAUAUUCAGGUUGUGGAAUUAGAUCGGCUAGUUUCCAAGGAGACGUCUUGACUGUAGGAACUGGGUUGGGCAUGUUAAUGUUCUACGAUUUAAAAGCUGGGAAAUAUUUGGAUUCUAGUAUAAAUUCCUCUAGAACAGUAGUACUUAAGGCUAGUAAAGGUUAUGUGUUUCCUGAUGAAGAAUAUGUUGAUAACCAUCAAAAUGUUAAAUACGUGCCAGCUAUUUACACACAUUGCUAUGACACUAGUGGAACGAGGCUUUUUACUGCAGGAGGGCCUCUGCCUGCAACCCUCACAGGAAAUUACGCAGGUUUAUGGCAGUGAAUUUAAAAAAAAAACGUUUUAAUAGUGUUUUUAUGCAUUUUAAUGUAUAUUGUAAUAGUGCUCUCGUACAUUUUAAUAUUUAGCUUAAUAUUACAAUGUAUAAUUCUGCAAUGUAUGUAGUCUCACAAAGAGAAUCAGUGAAUCUCAUAAAACUAAACAUUCAUUAGGUAUAUGUAAUGCAUAUUUAGUAUUUAGCACAAUUAUAUGAUAUUGCAAUUGCAAUAGAAUUCGGUUUAAAUCGUCAUUAAAUCGUUUUAAGAAUUUGUUUUGAGUUUUAGGAUUUCUUUUAAAUUGUAGACAUACUUUAUUUUUUAUAGGAUUAGUAAGUCAUUAAUUUUUAAAUACAUGUUUACACGUACUGUUUGAUUUUUCUAUAAGAAUAGAAAGUUUUAA